AUGAAUUACAACACCAAAAAACUGAAUAAAAUCCUCAAAGCUGUUGAAAGAGAUAUCGAAUACGUCAUCGACCAAAAUGAUAUUCUAUGGCUUUGCACACAAAUCGAAAAAAUUCUUCGUAAUGAACCACCAGUUUUAUUUUUGGAGGCACCAAUUACAGUUGUUGGAGAUCUACAUGGAAAAUUAGAUGAUCUAAACAAGGUUCUUGAAAUUGGCGGUUCUCCACGCAACAAUAAAUUCCUUUUCUUAGGUGAUUACGUCGAUCGUGGCAAAAAUUCUGUAGAAGUCAUCGUUAAGCUACUGUGCCUUAAGAUUAAAUACCCAGAUAACGUUUACUUACUUAGAGGCAAUCAUGAAUCUGAUAUGGUUAAAGAAAAAGACGGCCUUAAAGAUAAAAUGCAUGCGAUGAGACUUGGAAAUUCAUGGUUUACUCUUAUCAAUGUUUUCAGAUAUCUAUCUAUAGCAGCAGUUAUAAAUAACAGAAUAUUCUGUGUCCACGCGGGACUUUCUCCAGAACUAGAGUCAAUAGAUCAAAUAAUGCAAAUCCAAAAACCAAUUGAUAUACCUGAUGUAGGCUUAGUUCGCGAUUUAUUAUGGUCUGAUCCGUCAACAACAGAAGGAUAUAAUCCAAAUGAAGAUAGACUUACAUCUGUAACAUAUGGACCUGACGUAACAAUGCAAUUCCUCAAGAAACACAAAUUCCAGCUUUUAGUUAGAGCUCAUCAAGUUUCUGAGACAGGAUACGAAUUUCCUUUCCCUAAAAACAACUGUGCAGUUACUAUUUAUUCCUCAAAUGCUGGAGGAAAUACAUCAGCAGUUAUGCUUGUUUCUGAAGAUUUAGAAAUUGAAUUUGUUACAUUCAAAUUAGACGAAGAAGAUGAUUAUAAGUACCAAGAAGAUCUAGAAUAA